UCGUUCGCCUUGCUCGGCAGCUGUGGUCGAGGGGCAAACUUUGAUUUCGAUACGUGCAUCUUCGGUCAUGGCCCUUUCUUCUUUCUGGCUUUUAUACUGUAUCAGCUCGUACCUAGUCUGGCCAACAAAUGGGCAUGUACGCUUUGUCUGUCCGCGGCCUGCCAGCCCUAAAUCUGACAUAGCUUUUACCAAUCAGAGCAUAGAUUACUGUGGCUUGAAUAUGGACAGUGUGUUUGACACCAACCAUAUGGAGGUUGAACCAGGCCUCUUUACUCUGCGCUUUGAGGAGACCCACCUACAGAGAAAUUCACCAUUCCGAGUAACUUUGCAUCAGAUUGGAGCCAACGACUCGUGUCUUUUACUUGACCACAUACCACACAACAAUCAUGCUUCGAUAUCAUCUGCUUGUUCCAAAAAGCAUAGUGAAUACCCACUGGGCAUAUGUGAGAGCAGCACCUAUUAUAUCACGGUGAAAAUUCCUGAUGUCAGGUGUGAUCGCUGCUACUUACGCCUUGCCUUCAUCCAUCUUGAUCACACUGCAGGAGAGACUUGUAAUGUUGGUGCUGGAACAUGCGAGGGUUAUGUGAGCUGUGCAGCCAUUAAGAUCAGAGCAUCUCCAUCAGGAAAGGAGGGCAAUAUAAGUGCUUGUGGUCAUUAUGAAGAUAACCUUCCUGGUGACUGGCCUUUCAGACCAAUGGACAUAUACAGUGUGGAGUUACAUGUAGGUCUGGGCAAAGUUGACCCUCUUCUUGUGUUUGAUCCACUGCAUAAUGAGCUACACAUAGACAUUCCUCGGCAUGCACUUGUGCAUGAGAUUGAGGAAGUGCAGCUAGUAUUGAACACCACUGUCAUAUGGAACAUCACUGUUCAUGAGGAGCACAGGCUUCUGGACACCGUUUCUGUUGUCUGGAAUGUGGAGGAUGAGGCCUAUAUAAUACAUUUAGAAGAUGGGGAUUUGAGUUUGAAUGUCAAAAGCACGGAAGAAUCUUUUGCUGGAAACAUUUCUUUUAGUACACAGCACAAUGUAGUAGGAAACUUCUUGGCAGCAGAGGUCGCAGAGUACACAACUGAUGGCUGGCUGGCAGAUGAGCGAUUUCGAGGUUUGCAUGCAGAGAACACAGAUGUUAUAACUCCAUCAGGUCCUUGCACUCCAACUCCAAGAAAUUUCAUUGCUUUUCUUCACUCUCUACAAGGAUACAAUUUCAGCCACGGCCAACAUGGAGUAUUGGCUGCGUCUUUCCUGGGCGAUUAUGUGGCCAUUACUGUUGCUUUGUUUGGCUUGGAUGAUCAGGUCACUGAUAUAACAAUUAUUGGAUCUCACCUUUUAGGAGCACCAGAUUUGAAACUUCCACUUUCUAAAAUGAAAAACAACAUCCUGCAAGUGUCUUUGGAUGCAUCAAAACAUAUUGCAUUUAUUGAUACAGUCCGCUUUCUGAAAACUGUCAGGGUGGAUACAUCUAAUCCAAGGCUUGGACUGACGGGUGAUUUUCAAGAAGGGAUGUUUUCUUUAAUCCGAGAUGGUGAUGAAGUUAUAGGUGUUGGAGGAUUCCAGUUCACAAAAGGCCAGUGGCUGAAGUAUGAAGUACUGCUAACUAACCUAAACGUGCCUGUGCGUGAGGUGGUACUUACUGAUGGCAGGGACCUUGUGUACAACCUGAGUGAGCACAUGUGGCAUCUGGAUGAAGAAUUCUGUCUUGUAGAAGGACUUGUACAGUCUUUAGACAGUCAGUUUCUUCUCAGUCUUUGGCGUGGAAAUCUCCAUUUUACAGCCACCACCGAUGCUCAUUCUCUCCAAGGCAAGAUCACAGCUGCAGGUGAAAGCUACUGCAAAGAACUCAAUGAAGGCACUUGCUUUGUAUUUGAUCUCACACCAAAUGGUCGCCCUGUCUCCAUCUUUCAAGAAAGUGUCCCUCCCCAUGGCAAAGCAGCAUUUGUGUUGGACAGGGCCGGUGUUUUGUUGUACAGCAUCGAAGUCCACAACCUUGAGGAUCAGAAGUAUGAGGCUGAAGUUCGUGGCCAAGAAGGUCUUGUUUUCAAUAGUGAUCUUGUUCAAGACCCUCUCCAGUACAGGACCUUUGUUGCCAACGGUCGCAUGCCUGUGUCACCAAAUCUGUAUGAGAAAUUGUUGACCGGAGAACUGGCAUUAGUCGUCACAAAACUUGUUCCUGGGCCACCAGUCGUUUCAGGGAUGAUACCACCUCUCACAAAACAUGUUUGUGCUCAACAGAUGGAUCAUGUUGUAGGUGAAAAUGAUGGCCUGUGGUCUUCAGAAGCUGCUCCGUUCAAAGAGAUAUUUGCUUUAAAUGGAGACAGAUUGGUCUUUAUUUACAAAGACAAUGUUACUGUGUUUUCUAUGGCAUCAAAGGAUGAUUAUAAAACCUGCAACUUCGAUAAUGCCACACUCUUCAAGCCAGUGACCGAAGACCUUAAGACAAGGGAGAAACAUGUUGUGGUGCAGCUAAACACUCCAGGCAUGCAGUACUUUGCAGCAGUUCAGUACUGUAAUGAUACACCACCUCUCAAGAUUGCUGUUAGCGUCACUGUUCCCAGUGGUUCCCCAGGAAGGGAUAGGAAAACAGAUAUGUGUGGAGCUCUUGUAUUUUCUGACUGGCGACAAAACUAUUUAGAUUCAUACACUGGUCCCCAGCCAGCAUCACCAGCUGUCAUUGGUCUUGCAGUGGGCACUGCACUGGCCACCCUCUUCUUCACCUUGGAUCGAAGCCUCAGGCAGAGGGGCCAGACUACUUUGCCUGGCAGUCGGUUCCAGAGGUUUUAGUAGAUUUAACACUGGCUUCUGUCUUAAGCUGUUUUCAACUUUCUAAAUGUGAAGUAUAGAAAAAAUCUAAACGCUUACUGUUUUUUGGUAGGUUCUGGCAUUUAGUCUAUGGCAGGGGUGCCCAACCUACAGCCCACAAAGGUGCCUCAUCUGGCCUGCUCAUAUUAACUAGACACAACAUAGUUUCAUUUCAAACAUCAUGAUUCUGGCAAAACCAGAUUUUAUAUCAUAUCCAGUGCGGCCCUUGGGCGAGAAAAGGUUGGGCAUCACUGGUUUAUGGGCACUGAUUUAAUGCAAAAAAAGAAGAUAAAGGUUGAUGCCUGCUGCCUAAGAUAUCUGGAAUAACAAAGAGUCCCCUUCCCCACCCCCACACAAAAAAUUAAGGUAAAAAACUUUCGCUGGUGCUCUGAAUGGUCAAUGCUUCAUUUGAUUCAAUGACUGCUCGUGGUCAUUAUUUAUGUGGUCUUCAUAAUGAUUCCCUGAAGGGGACUGUGUGAACGCUAACUUUUCAUCUGCUCCACCUGCCUCCAAAGAUUAUUUUUGUUUGAGGUUUGUUUUGUUUUGUUUUGGUGGGGAGGGAUUACAAGUAGGGGAGGAGUGGGUUUUGAACUUACUCCCAUUAUUUGUCCUCAUAAGCUUGAUCUCUUGCUCUCACACAUGCUUAAAAAGAUGAAGACUAAAUUCACAGACAGGUGAUCUGUAUGUUCCAUUAUCUCAUCAUAUGCUGCAAAAUUCUUAUCAGAAUAUCACCCUGAUAUUAAGCUGACCUGAGAGACUGAAGGGAUUCCAGUAAAUGUAACUACAAUCUCCACUGAUUUUCUCACCAAUUGUCACUUUGUGUCAGCUCUUAUUUCCCUCAGUUACCCAUAGUUAUACAUCAGAUACCCUCUUCUGAAUCAAACGUGUUUUGGAUGGAUGGUGGCAAGAUAACAAAUGGUGACUGCAGUCAUAUGGCACAAGAUACAGGUCAGAAUCUUUACAUUUACCGUACCUGUGUACUCUUCAUUGACAGCAAUUUUGUCUUGAUGUGUGCUGCAGUUGCAAGAUGGUUAACAUAAAGAAACAGUUUAACUGACAGUUUCUUCUGAACCAUCCAGCUAGCUUCUGACAUGUUCUGUAUGUGGCAUUCAUAUCAUAUAUGUUGAAUUCAUGGCCAUACAGUAUCAAAUGUAUAAUGGUAAAAGUACUUAAUUUUAAAACAGCAUCGUAAUAUCUUUGGUAAAAUAAAUGCUGAUUUUAUUAUAUUUCUAAUUUUACUGCAUUUACCAUCUGUUCAUUAGAAUGUUAGAAGCAUUUUUUGUUGUUUUUGAGCUACCUCAACACUAUGGGGCUUUUUUUUUGUUGAUAAGAGAUGUCUUGAAGACCAUUGUUCAGGUUUAUUGGUGGAAGAAAUAUUUAUUGUAUUUUAUCAUUUGCAUUGUGUUAAUUUUAACUUAAUAUAUGUUCUGCUCUUUGGUGUGGCAAUAUCCCAGUCUCUUCCCACCAGGUUAUCACCUAGAUUUUGGGCAAGAUAUUUUACAGGGUGGUGCGUAGAAAACUAAACCACUUCUGACUCCAGUAUUGGCGUACGUUUCAUAGCCCGUACACAAAAGAAAGAUGUGCAACUACAAAAUUUGGUGCUGGAAAUGAUUUCCUUGUGCAUGAAUACUUUUCUUCACUCUGCGCCAUGUUGUCAUAGAUGCUACACAGCUAAGUUGCUUCAAUUUUUCCAGUUUCACUCUGAAUAUUGCCCUUCUAAUGUUUUUGGAUUAUUGGCAUACACUUUUGCCUUCAGAUUGUCCCACAGGUAAAAAAACAAGUGGGUAGGUCUGGUGAUCUUGGUGGCUACAAAUUUUUCCUGACAGCUCAUUCCUCUUUGAAUUCAAGAAUGUGAUUUGCAUGAAGUGUGACAUGUUGCUUGUGUUAAUCGGGUAUCAGUUGCAUGCAAAAUUCCUUGAAGAUUCCCAUAUAUACAUGAAAGUGUUGACUGCUGUCUUAAAAAACAUGGGACUCACGAUCUGUGUAGCAAAUACCACACACCAGAAACCAUUUUUUGUUUUCAUUGUGAAGGGGUUCAUGAAUUGAACACAAUGGCACCUGCCUGCAUAAUAGCUUGAGCCAGCCGAUUGGAAACAAUUUUGUUUUUUGUGCACCACCCUGUACCAUCUAACCGAACAAACAUCUUUUGAAUUUGUAUGAUAUUAUCAGUUUAUCGAUCCUCAUGAUACAAUAUGUUGUUUAAACUCUUGUACUUGGCAGUAAAGAGAACAUGCAGCUAAAACAUGCGCAGACUUUAUGUGCAUUUUACCAGUAUGUAAUCUUUCUGCAUGUGGUAACAUUAUAAUCUGCUGGAAAGAUUUUGGGAAAAAGUGGUGUCUACAGCAGCUAUGUAAGAACAAGUGAUGUAUGACUUUUGCCAACUGAAAAGAUGGUAAUGUUAGUGUCUAGUUUUUGGCAAUGAGUAUGUGUUAAUACUAGAAACAAUAUAUUUUCUUAUUGUUUUAGGAUGCUAGAGAAGUUUUCCUUUGAAUGAAAUUUUCUAGAAUUACACAUAUUUAGUGUUCAUUUUGAUGUAAAGUUAAUGCCAUUGUUUUGAGAACAGAGGAGAGCCUUGCAUAUUUGUGCCAGUAUGAUAUUUACAUCAAAACUAUACUUGUAUGCUAGUCACUGAUGUGUUGCACAGAAUUCAUAUCAAAAAAUUACAAAGUUUUAAUUUUUAAUAUAGACAACUGUUUUGGAUGGCUGUGAUUUACCACGCCAGGAUGAAAUCCAAAUGCUUGUCAAUAUAUUUUUAUACAGAGGAUGGAUAUGGUACUAAUUUAUAUAACAUUCCAUUUAACAGCAGAUGGAGAUUGCCCAUUUGCUAGGAAUCUCAGAUUUUUAUACAGUGCAUGGUGUAAUACUAGUGACCUCUGCCAAUGUGUUUUAAGUUGGUAGUGAUAUGCGACACUUGUCUUUGAUACACUAUUACUUUUUUGGUGGCUAUUUUUAUUUGCUUAUUUAUUUCACUUUUGAUUUUUGCACUAAGCAGUAAAGAUGUGAGUAGACUUA